UAGUUUUCAUAAUACUGUUGUUGCUCUGAUGUGCGUUUCAUUAAUUUUGACAAAGAGCUGAUUUGAGACUUUAUUGAAAAAGAAGCUCGUUUGUCUACAUUCAGUGUGGACAGGGCCUUUUCCCGCAUUCGGCCACCUGGGUCUCUCAUUUGACGUCAUUUUGUGACAUUGACGUUCGGUCGUCUGCGUUGGAAAAUCGAAGAAAAUUUCGACGAAACGAACGUGCAAAUCUUGCCUGGCCUCGCCGUUUUCUCAUCGAUUGCUGCAGAAACUUUCGAAACUUCUACGGCGCGUUGACAUUCUUGACAAAAUCUUGCUGCUCAAAAUGUGUUGAAAAGCGGUGCUGAAGUUUAAAUUUUCUCGUAAACUAACGAAAUUAAUAGUGAAGUGAUUACGCGAAGUAGUUUGACGUUGUUUUAAAGUUCCGAGUUGGCCAAAUUCAGCGUAAAAAGUGGAAAAUCUAGCCGAUAAAGUUUUCGGCAUAAGGAGGCUUGUCGAAAAGUAAACUGCAGCAGUAAAAAGAAGAAGCUUUUCAUCGAGUUUACAGAAUCUGUGUUCCGGGAGCAAAGAAAAAAUACCGUUCUACGAAGGUGUUUGCUCGGAAACAAAAUCAUUUUAUGUGAUUAUUGGCUUAUGCUGCAGAAACCGUAAACAAUGGAUCCACCGACCGCCGAAGCAGUUUUGCAAAGCGUCUUUACUCUGUAUAACAAUCCCAACAAGCAGGAGAAAGAAACCGCUUCUAAGUGGCUGGAAGAGUUCCAGAAGUCGAUUCAUUCCUGGGAAAUUGCUGAUCAACUCCUACAAAGAAAACAUGACCUCAAUUCGUGCACUUUUGCAGCUCAGACGAUGCGGAAUAAAAUUCAGAACAGCUUCCACGAGUUGCCAGAAGCUGCACACGAAUCGCUACGGCAAAGUUUAUUGGAACACAUAAGCCACAUAACGUUGGAGACGAAACCGGUGAUCGUUACCCAGUUGUCGCUAGCACUGGCCGAUUUGGCCCUGUUGAUGUCGUCGUGGCGCAAACCGGUGGUUACCUUGUUAGAACGAUUUUCCAAUAAUCCAAACAUGAUGUACGCCGUCAUCGAGCUGCUCACACUAAUCCCGGAAGAAAUCAACUCACGAUAUCUCCGGCUCGGUGCUAACCGGCGAAAGGACGUUCUAACCGAAUUGGAAACAGAUUCCAAUCUUGUCGGUGAAUACUUGCUGAUGUGUUUGAUGAACUGCAACGACAACGAGCUGCUUCAAAUGAAGAUUCUAAAAUGCUUCACCUCUUGGGUGAACAUAAAUGCCUUCAAUCUGUCGCUGAUUGGCGACAACUUGAUAAUAGCGUAUUCGUUUCAACUUUUGACCAACAUAAACACCAAGUCAGAAAUUCACGACGCUGCCACUGACUGCUUGUGUGGUUUAUUGCAAUGCUUGGAGAUGAAUAACAAUGGAGAUGGACUGGACGUCAAGCUUUUCAACGGAAUCUUGAGCUUGGAUGAAGCGUAUAAUACGUCCGUCGCACAAGAGGAUUUGGACAAGUCGAUGAACCUUUGCCGCCUCUUUACCGUGCUGGUGGAAAGUAAUCUUACGAGAAUGGUGGCUGGGUCCGAAGCUGCGGCGCCGCACUAUUCCAUCAAAGCUCUGGAGCUGGUGCUGAUAUGUGUAGGACAUUACGACUUUGAAGUAGCCGAAAUUACCUUCAAUAUGUGGUAUCGACUAAGCGAAGAUCUGUACCAGCGCAACAAUGAAGCACUGACGGCACAUUUUAAGCCGUACGUGGAGCGGCUCAUUGCCGCUCUCUACAAGCACUGUCAAAUGGAAGCUGACCACGAGGGGCUCAUCGAGGAAGGCGACACUUUCAAAGAUUUCCGUUUCAAAGUCUCUGAAAUUAUCAAGGAUGUAAUAUUUAUCGUUAGUUCGAUAAGCUGCUUCAAACAGAUGUUCCUGAUUCUACAGACGCCGAAUGUGACGUGGGAAUCCAGCGAAGCUGCACUUUUUAUAAUGGAAAACGUGGCACGGAACAUCCUACCAGAGAUAAUGCAAUUGGGAGAACGCGACAUACCGUCGUCCAGAUUCAAUCAGCUUUGCGAGGAGAGCGAGGUCGUCCCGAAGGUGGUGGAGGCGAUACUGAACCUGCCUUCGAACUGUCACAUAGCGAUCCGCUACACGUCGAUCAACAUUUUGGGUGAAUUGUGCGAUUGGAUCGACAAUAAUCCGGAAACGCUGGAGCCAAUUUUGAACUUUUUGCUCUGUGCGUUGCAGCAGAAAAACGGUUUAGCAACUGCCGCAGCAAAUGCGCUGCAAUCGAUAUGCUCCGCUUGUAAGAAACAUAUGCUGGGUCAUAUAAGCGGUCUGAUGGAAAUUGCGCGCUGUCUGGAUGGCUUCGAAAUACAAACGGAGUCGGCUAUAGGGUUGCUCAAGGGAAUUUCGAUCAUAAUUGGACGAUUACCGCCAGAGCAGCUUACGGCAGCUAUGCAAGAACUUUGUGGAUUCCAGGUGCGAGCCCUGGGCCAGCUUACCAGCGGUGAAGAUGAUGGACUGACAUUGAAGAGAGACCGACAUGAUCCUGUGUUUUGGGUAGAUCGUUUGGCAUCCAUCUAUAGGCAUGUGAAUCCGGAAGUCAGUGCGAACGACGUGAAUCCGUGCGUUUUCGUGAUCGUUAGCAAUUGGAGUAUUUUGUCCCGAGCGAUGGAGUGUUAUAAGAACGAUCCGAAGACUAUGGAAAGAAUAGUCCGAUGCAUUAGGUAUGCGAUUCGUUGUGUUGGUAAACAGGCGAUGCCAAUACUCGAAUCUCUAGUAAAACAAAUUAUAACCAUCUACUCAGGGCAUAAUCAUAGCUGUUUGUUAUACUUGGGCAGUAUUUUGGUAGACGAAUUUGCAUGUCAGCCAAGUUGCAUCGAAGGCCUGCUAAGCAUGCUACAGGCUUUUAUCGAACCUACUUUCCAAGUACUGCAAGUAGAGAAUGGAUUGAAGGAUCACCCAGACAUGGUGGACGACUUCUUCCGGCUGGUGGCACGUUUUAUCCAACGAUCGCCGUUCCAACUGCUGCAGAGCCCACUUGUAACUCCAAUAAUCCAGUGUGGAUUGCUUGCCUGUACUCUGGACCACCGGGAUGCGAAUCUUUCGGUGAUGCGAUUUUUUUGCAGUCUACUGAGCUACGGUCGUCACGACCGAGCGAACGAGCUCCGUUCAAUAGUGCAUAGUAUCCUGAUGCAGCAUGGCGAAUCGUUAAUAAUGAAUCUGUUAUAUGCGUCCGUUUUCUGUCUGCAUUCGUACAUGCUGUCGGAUGUGGCCGACGUUUUUGUCGAAAUCAAGCACCUAAGUCCCCACCAGCUGGAGGGUUAUGUGCAGAAAGCGGUCGACGCCCUACCGAAAAAGAAUAGCGGUGGAAGCAUUACGGUGACCAACGAACAGAUGAUCGAAUUUGUGGAGAACAUCGUCAAGUCGGAAACGCCUCGAGCUGUAACGCAAGCGCUACAAGAUUUUGCCCGGUUAUAUCGAUAAACCCGUUGAAACCACGAGCAGCCAUCCUGUAGAGCGUCGAAAAAAAUAUAGAAAUUGACUGGUACGAGUGCGGAGUGUGCGGAAAUGAAUUUGAUGUUGAACGUUAUUCAAUUAUGUUGUAUAUAAAACGUAGUACUAGAACGUGUUGUCGUAUUUCUUCCUAAGGUAGGAAACGUACUGUAAGAAGAAAAAUCAGUGUACAUGGAUCAUGGUCAGCAUGAAAAAGUUGAAUAUGUACACUAUGCAUAAUACGUGGAACGAUCGUAAAUCGAUCGUUGUGUAGAACUAGUUUAAAUAAAAAAAAUUGAAUAUGAUUGACUAAGAUUGUAAUAAGCAUCAUUUAAUUAAAUUGAUUAACAACUAA